AUGAAUAGGAUACUAAGACGAAGAAAGAAGCUUCGCGCUUACAUUCCAGCUGAAGUGGAAGAUGCUGAUGAAGACGAUGAAAUAUUACCUGAUGAUUUCGCCGAAUUGACUUUUUUUCAAACGGGUAGAGAGUUUGAAAGUACUUAUACCAGCCAUUCUUACACGAAAAAAGAGCAAGAAAAGCUGUCAGAAUAUGAAAGUUUUGAUUAUCUUUCGCCGCAAAGCGAUAGCUACCAGGAUUGGUUACGAACUGCUUCCGUCCAGGUAGAAUGGGAUCGAUGGCUUAUGAUGGGUCUGAUUGGAUUUGCCGUUGGUGUUGUUGGAUGGUUAUUACAUCAAUUUAUCGAUUUAAUAUCAGAAACAAAGUUCUCGGUUGCUGGAAGAAUGAUCGUGGAAGGAAAUUUUGGUGUUGCCUGGAUCUUCACUAUCGGUUAUAGCAUGCUAUUUGUUCUAGUAUCCGCCUCACUAGUAGUGUUCUUUAGGCCAUCGGCUGGUGGCUCGGGUAUGCCGGAACUUAUUGGCUUCUUGAAUGGAAGCCGUAUUCGAAAAGUAUUCAGUUUCAAGACUAUGAUAAUAAAGUUUUUGUCUUGCGUUUGUGCAGUGGGUUCCGGCUUACCGAUCGGCCCAGAAGGGCCAAUGAUUCAUUUAGGAGGUCUUGUGGGAGCUGGACUGAGCCAGUUGAAGUCAGAUACGUUUAAAAUCAAAUUACCUAUUCUUGAAAAAUUUCGAAAUCCGAAAGACAGACGUGAUUUUAUAAAUGCUGGAGUUGGAGCCGGUGUUUCUGCUGCAUUUGGGUCUCCUGUAGGUGGGCUACUCUUUGCUAUGGAAGAAGUUGCUUCAUUUUGGAGCAUAAAGCAAAGUUGGAUGACGUUCUUUUGCUGUAUGGUAUCAACUGCUACUACCGAUCUCUUCAAUUCGGCUUUUGAUGGGUUUAAGUAUGCUGGUGAAUUUGGUGCCUUUAAAGAAGACAAAUAUAUUAUUUUCCAGGUGAAACGUGGUAUAUCUAUAAACCUUGUAGCUUUUAUUCCAUCCAUUAUACUUGGUAUUAUCGGAGGAAUACUGGGUGCUUUCUUCACUUUUUUAAAUGUUAAAAUUCGAAGAUAUCGUUCGUCGGUAAUGAAACGUAUAAAAAAUAAACGAUGGAAGACAGCAUGUAAAAUCGCUGAACCAGUUCUUAUAAUGGCAAUUAUGGCUACUAUUUCAGUUUUCCUACCUGCAGCAUUCCCUUGUACUCCUUUCCGAUGUCGACUGGAUACAGAUACAUCCAGCCCUCAGUGUUUAACAGAUCGUAGACACCCAUUGCAUCUUGAACCGAAUGUACAACUAUAUACUUGUGAAGCUGGUGUUAACAUUAACUAUAAUGAUACCACUGUAUUCUACAAUAGAUCUUAUAGUCAAGUUGCAACGUUAAUGUUUGUGACUGGUGAAGAAGCUAUAAAACAUCUUUUGUCACGCAAUACCCAUUUAGAAUUCGAUUUUGGGCCUUUAAUAGCAAUUCUAGUUAUUUAUUUCCUUUUAUCCUGCUGGUCCUCUGGGACGUCAGUCGCUAGUGGUCUUGUUGUACCGAUGCUCUUAAUAGGUUCAUUAUACGGCCGCAUUGUUGGACGUAUCAUGGUACAUAUGUUUGGCAUACAUCGUGCAGGAUACUGGACAUGGAUAGAUCCAGGAGCAUUUGCUUUAAUUGGCUCUGCAUCAUUCUUUGCUGGUGUCUCACGCUUAACAAUGUCAUUGACAGUAAUUAUGAUGGAAAUUACCAAUGACGUGCAGUUCUUAUUAUGUAUAAUGACUGCCGUCAUAAUUGCAAAGUGGGUCGGUGAUACCAUUACCCAUUCGCUGUAUCAUGCAUUAAUGGAAAUGAAGUGCAUCCCAUUUUUAAACUGGGAACCGGUUAUAUUACAUAACAAGAAAGACAACGUUAGCAUAGAACUUUUUACGGCUGGACAAAUUAUGGCGAAAAAUCCUCUGAUUCUGCGAUCGCGAGAACGCGUUGCAGAUAUUGCCAAGUUGCUAUUGAAUUGCCAACAUUGUGGCUUUCCUAUUGUUAAAGAAGUUGAAGGUACCGAGAUAGUUUGCGGAAUUAUCAAAAGGCCAGAGUUGAAUUUGAUAAUGUUACAAGAAGAUUUAUUCGAAUCUAAUGAAGCAAGUCCUGUUGAUGUUCCCGUGCUAGAUUAUCAGCAGUUUAUCGAAGCACCUAAACAUCUUGAAAAGCCGAAUGAAGGCCCAGUUAAAGAAGCUCUUGAAAAGUACUGUCAUGAUGAAAAAUAUAAUGACCUUUACAUAGAUUUGGCACAUUAUUAUGGACAAUCGCCGAUCUGUGUACCAGAGUCAUAUUCCUUGUAUAGAGUUUACGCUCUCUUUCGAACUCUUGGCUUAAGACACUUAAUUGUUACCGACACUAGUAACAGGAUUUCUGGUAUCAUUACCAGAAAAGAUUUGAUGGGCCAUAGUUUAGAAGAACGACUUGAACCGUUCGUGAAAGAUGCUCUAAAAAGUGAAAUGAAAGUGACGGGUGAUAUUACGCAAGAAUUAGAUAAUAAUAAUAUCAGAGAUACCACACAAGAGUUAAAGGAUAAUGCCAGUGGUACUACGCAAGAGUUAAAAGAUAAUGCCGGUGAUACCACGCAAGAGUUAGGUGAUAAUGCCGGUGAUUCUUAA